UUAUUUUUUUAUUUUUUAUCUUUAUGUUUCCAGAAAAAAAAAAGUUUGAUUGGAUGCUUCGUCUCCCGCUCUCUGGUUUCUUCCCUCCGAUUCUCAUUAUUUGGGCAUGCUGAUUCGUACAAGAAAUCUCACAAAGAUCCUACCUUUGGGUUGCCAUGUCCGUCCUCCUUUCGCUGCGUUGUACUCUGUUUUUCCGCAACCUUAUCGCUACCGGCCGAACCCAGAAACCUCGGAUGACACAGUUCUUGAUGUUCUGUCUUUGCUCAGAAGUCCCAAGUGGGAGCAGAACAGCAUCCUGAAAUCCAUCGUCUCUCACAUUAGCCCACAUGUGGCUUCGCAAGUUAUUUCUCGCCAUGGCGGCGAUACCGAUCUCUGUCUUCGUUUCUUCAAAUGGGUCUGCAAGCAUUCGUCUUACUGUUACGAUUUAGGUCAGAAAACCCAACUUCUGAAACUUAUCGUUUCCUCCAGUUUGUACGGGGUUGCCCAUAAGGUUAUCGUUGUGUUGAUUAAGGAGUGUAGUAGCGGCGAAAAUGAUAUUCUGGAGCUGAUGCGUUGUCUUGACGAGUUGAGAGAUGGCGGGUUUCAGUUAAAUUACCCAUGUUACAGCUCUCUUUUAAUGUCAUUGGCUAAGCUGGAUUUGGGUUUUUUGGCUUACAUGACUUAUAGACGAAUGGAGGCUGAUGGCUUUGUUGUUGGCAGGAUUGAUUACAGAACCAUCGUCAAUGCUUUGUGCAAGAAUGGAUUCGUAGAAGCGGCAGAGAUGUUCUCCUGCAGGCUUUUGAAACUUGGGUUUGAGUUAGAUACCCACAUUUGCACUUCUUUGUUGCUGGCUUUCUGCCGAGUAUUGAAUCUCGGUGAUGCACUCAGGGUGUUUGAUGUAAUGUCCAGGGAUGCCAGUUGUGGUCCGAAUUCAGUUACUUAUUCUAUAUUGAUUCAUGGGUUGUGUGAAAAGGACAGGCUUGAGGAAGCCUUUCGCUUAAAAGAUCAGAUGCGUGAGAAGGGUUGCCAACCGAGCACACGUACGUAUACUGUUCUUAUCAAAGCCUUGUGUGAUAAAGGUUUGAUUGAGAAAGCUCUCAACUUGCUUGAUGAGAUGGUUGCUGGAGGAUGCAAGCCGAAUGCUCAUACAUACACAGAUCUGAUUGACGGGUUAUGUAAACUCGGAAAGAUUGAGGAGGCUAAUGGGCUGUACAGUAAGAUGGUUAAAGAAGGGAUUUUUCCUAGUGUAGUAACUUACAAUGCAUUGAUAAAUGGAUACUGUAAAGAUGGACGGAUUAUUCCCGCGAUUGAGCUUCUUGGCAUGAUGGAGAAGCGGAAUUGCAAGCCGAAUUUAAGAACUUACAAUGGGCUUUUGGAAGGGUUGUGUAGAGUUGGGAAAUCAUACAAGGCAAUGCUGCUUUUGAAGAGGAUGGUUGACAAUGGACUGUCACCCGACAUUGUAAGUUUUAACAUUUUGAUUGACGGGCUCUGUAGAGAAGGGCAUAUACCUUUGGCUCACAAGUUGUUUACUUCAAUGGACACUUUUAAGCUUGAGGCUGAUUGCUUGACUUUCACUUCUAUAAUCGACGCCUUCUGCAAAGGAGGGAAGCCCGAGGUAGCCAGUGCUUUCUUAGGUUUGAUGCUAAAGAAGGGAAUACACCCGGAUGAAGUAACAUUCACAACUCUUAUCGAUGGCUUCUGCAAAGUUGGUAAAACCAAGGAUGCAUUAUUUCUUCUAGAGACACUGAUCAAGACAACUUUCAUGGAAACUCCUCACUCCCUGAACGUAGUUCUUGAUGUCCUAAGAAAAGCAUGUAAAGUGAAAGAAGAGUUUGCAAUGCUUGGAAAGAUGAUAAAGUUUGGUUUAGGGCCUUCUGUGGUGAGUUACACAAUACUGAUUGAUGGGUUGAUACGAUCAGGCGAUAUCAGCGGUGCCUUGAGGAUGCUAGAACUGAUGAAACUUGCUGGCUGUUCUCCGAAUGUUUAUUCAUACACAGUCAUCAUCAGCGGUCUGUGUCAAUUUGGAAGAGAUGAGGAGGCCGAGAAGAUUCUUCACGCUAUGCCCGAAUAUGGAGUCUUACCCAACCAUGUCACGUAUACCGUCAUGGUGAAAGCAUACGCCAAUGCUGGAAGAUUGGACCACGCUCUUGAAACUGCGAGUACCAUGGUUCAAAGAGGAUACCAACUGAACGAUCGUGUCUAUUCCGCUUUGUUAAAGGGAUUUGUCUUAUCCCAGAAGCAGACUAUCGAAUGUUCCAACGAAAAUGCCAUGGACAGCAACUCAGACAACGUCCUUGAAGAAAUCAACCUUGGAUCCAUGUAUGAACUCCAAGCCAAGAUCGAAGAACUCGGUUGUUCAACCAGUGGCUUAUGUAAUUUCAUGGUCGCACAGCUCUGCACGCAAGGAAGAGCGGAUGAAUCCAUCGAGCUGAUCCAAACUCUGCUCAAACGCGGGAUUUUCCCCGAUAAGGCCGUGGACACAGUCAUAGAGUCUUACUGCAGAUCAAAGAACUACACCGACUGUCUGAAACUGAUGACUGAUGUUCUCAAAACCGGGUUCACUCCGAGUUUUAGAUCCUUCAGCUCAGUGAUUCAAGGGCUUCAGAAGGAAGGGGAGGUCGAAUCUGCACGAGAGCUGGUCACUGAGCUUGUAAGCUCGAAUGAAACGUUACCGUAUGUAGAGUUUCUGAUAAAGGGAGAUGGAGCUGGUGAUUGCGGUGAGGUUAUGGAAGUGGUUGACCGGUUUGCAAAUCGCAGAGGAAAACCCAUCUUCUAAAUCUUCUUCCUGUAUGUGAAAAAUUGCAGUAUCUAACUAUAAAUGGGAAAGGGCGGUUGCAUUGUUUUGUAGUUUGUACAUAAUAAUAUCUUCAGUUUGUGUUUA